CACCUGAAGGGGAAGUAACAAGCCACAUUUGCAUCAUUUCUGUACUGGAUCAGCCAUUGCUCAGUAGAAACCAAUCACCUGACUUUUUCUUAGGCGGUCUUAGAUUCUGAACUUGCUUCCCUUUAGGCUUUUUCAUAAACAAAUAACGAGAAAAGUCUCUAAGGAGGGAGAGGCUGGUUGCUCUUUCAGCUUGCGUCGUUUGCCUGCACUGGGCCAGGGAGGGUGCAUUGUUACAGGUGUGGCACCUGUUCUCCUGAGCCCUUGCCCGCCUGCUCACUCCGUGGUUCUGCUGAUACCCUUGUCAGGACCCACUUGGACAAGGUCACCUUCAGAGGCAGACCACCACACAGAUUCUGCACUCUGCUCUUCCUCACUGAAGAUGCAACAACCCGCUUCCAACUAUCCUCUGGAAAAGGACAAGGGCAUACCAGUGGAAGAGUGGCACUUGAAUGUGGAAACUGAACAACCCCAGUGUGGUCCAGAGAACAGCAAAUCCGACAGUGUCCCCUGGAAGCUUCCAGCAACAGAGCCUCUUAGCUGCAUGGAGAAGACGGAGUCAUCCUGCCCAGAGGUGCAGCCCCAAGGCUGCAGGGCCUAUCCUCAAGCCCCGCUGAGGAGUCUGUCGAAGAAGCACUGUGAGAACCAGGGGAAUCUUCUCCACUUUGACCGGCAAGCCCCAGGCCGCAUUUCCACCUCUCCCACUCUCAGGAGAUUAAGGGGCAGCGGCUAUGGGACUUCACGUUUGCUGCCUCAGCAAGAGACCUUGGAAAUGCCCCCCUGGGAAAGCUGGAAGGAGCUUGCAGGCUCCCCAUGUUACCUUUCCAAGAGUCUACCUGGAAGCCCAAAGGAGUCUUCACACUCCCUAUCGCCCUUGAGACUCCACUCAAGAUUACCCACAGACCCUAAAAGGACCCUCAACACAGCUGACCCAUUCGAGCCCCAAAAGGGGCCCACUGAUGAGAAUGCCCUUCCCGUGCUUCAGCCCGCCGAGGAGCGGUCACUUCCUCAGGCCCUUCUUCCAAGGAGGGGAGGCCACUCAUCGCCCAGCCCCGCCCCACGGCCCCCUAGUCCUCAGGUAACACGGCUCUAG